UUUAAACUCUUCAAAAGAUUUGCACUGAGGACUCAGUACUGUUGGUUCCCCAGUCUGUGCAUCUAUUGGAUUCUCAGACCUUUUUUGUUGAUUUUUAUUCUGUUGUUUGGAUUUUUGGAGAUUUUUUGAAGACGGUCAAAUGAGCGGCAUCUGGCUGUCCCUCUGGUUAGGGAUGCAGUUUUAGAGAGCUUGCAGCCCUGGAGACUUGUGACCUCAGUGACCUGGAUGACUCUGGGACAGGGCAGUGUCAGGCGAGUGAGAUCACCACUCACCAGGGACUGCGGGUAACAGGUUGCGACAUCGCCACGACUGGACCUCGCCAGCCAACGGACAGUGAGAACCAUUCACAGAGAAAAGAAGGGAAGAGAAAAGGUCUGCUUUAACGCUUUGCGUGGGUGGCUGGACCAGAGGAUCUAUGGGAUAGUGGAGGUCGUCGGCCAUGCCUGUAGCCUUGCGCAAGAAGAGCUGGGAGGAUCAUGUGACCCCACGCUCGAAAACACAGUACAGUUACGAUGACCUUGACCUAGUCUGUUGCCACGGCAUCCUUGGAGACAAUGGCUCGCCAACGGGAUUGAGCCGGAGAGAGAGGUGUGCUUCGAUGCCGGAAUGUCGCCGUCACCGACCAGGGAUUGGGAGUAGUGGUGAGAAAGAUGAGGGUAGUGAGGGUAAUGAUGAUGUUGCAACCAGGAGGACAAAGACAUUACCUGGAUUUAAAGAUUUGGCACCCUCUAGGUGUGAAAGUGAAAAUGCACAGUCGCACAGCAAGAAUAGAAAAACAGGUCGUGCCCAUGAGACAGACAGUUCGGUCCAAAGUGCAAUGACCGAGAAGGAUAUUAACCAAUCAUCAAGAAGCUCUGCAGGACAGGGCUCUGGUCACAGCCAGUCAACACCUGUGGCUGAUCAAACUCCUAGUGAUGACUAUGGAAAUAAUAGCAAUAAAAUUCAAAAGCAAGAUGAAGAAACUGCUGCUGUUCCUACCUCUUCUUUCUCUGUCCCUUCUUCUGCAAAUGUUCUGCAAGAGGACCCCAAGAAACUUGAUUUGCCUACCAUCGCAUCUAAAAAAGAUUGCACUGAUAUGACCCCUGAAGAAGAAGUAGCAAUGAAAUUGAUGCAGAACUCAGUCACAGAGUUAACCAAAAUCAAGGACAGAAUUGAUGCUGUUAGUGAUUCUGUGGUAGAAGCUUGCACAAUAAAUAACCAAGGGCAAAUAAAUGGAUAUGUUGAAGGAACAACCUUAGCCAAGGGCAUAUCUGAAGAGGCCUCACCUGCACCACUUUUAAGUGAGGAACACUGUGAUGUAGAAGGUCGAAGUCAUGAAGAAAAGAUUGCCAUUUCAAAUGCGGAUGAGACUAAUGAGGUUACACUCUCCGAGGUGGUCAUUCCAGAUGUGAGCCUUGAUGCUAACAUUCCAAAUCCUGACAUUCAAAGUAACUGUACAGCAAACAACAGCCAGAAUAGUGACCAGGCAGUCACUGUUGGUGAGUUUUUGCAAGCUCAAAACCUCAAUGCAUCCUCUGACCUUGAAUCUUCUCCAUGCUCGCCAGGAUCCAGCACCAGUGCUGACAAGCGUGUCUCUAAACUGGACACAAUCCUUGAAGUGUCCUUUCCUGAGUCAGGGGAAGAAGUAAUUGGCUGGGAGAUGGCAGAGGAGUCUGACUGUUCGACAACACUAAUGGGCUCCAAGGAUAUGGAACACAACCCACUGCAGAAGGAAGUGCUUCAGAAGUGUUCUUCUGGGGCAAUAGCUAAGCAGGAAUUUUUGGGAAACUGCCAAAACAGCGAGGUCACUGAGCUUCCGCUUGUCAGUGAGAAUUCAUUGGAAAGCAACAUGAGAGCGCCCCAAUCUGCUGGACCCAGCAUGAGUCAUCAGGCAAGCCCAAAUGUGGAUGGAAAGGAUGGGUUAGAGAGACCUCAGGAACCCCCUGUUAAACUGCGUACACGGAAGAGUUCUCGAGAGGACAGAGAGAAGGAGCGGUCUCGUUUGGACUCCAUGGUUCUGCUCAUAAUGAAGCUUGACCAACUGGACCAGGAGAUCGAGAGUGCUCUAAGCUCCGCCCCCACAAACAAUGGCACACCCACCCUCAAGAGACGCAUCAUCUCCGAAGUGGAUUUACAGUCUCUGGAUGGAGACGAAAGUCUGUCCAGUUCUUUGCGCUCUCUGAACACUCCUCAUCAUCAGUCGUCAUCAUCACUGUCCUCCACGGGGCUGAGUGGGACCCCCGGGGCCAAACCCAAGAACAGGACCUGUGCGCCAUUGUCUGAGAAAACCAGGGCAGAAAUCGAAGCAAAGGAGGCGUGCACCUGGCUGCGGGCCACCGGUUUCCCCCAGUAUGCACAGCUCUACGAAGAUGGUCAGUUUCCAAUUGAAAUCUCUUCAGUCACCAGAGAUCAUGACUUUCUGGAUAGAGAUGCAAUUGAAGCACUUUGCAGGAGGCUGAACACUCUGAAUAAGUGCGCCUUGAUGAGGCUCGAGAUCACUCCGCAAAGAAAGAGAAGCGAGGACUCAGAUGAUGAUGAACCUUGUGCCAUCAGUGGUCGCUGGACCUUCCAGAGGGAUAGCAAGCGGUGGUCUCGGCUGGAUCAGCUGGACCUGGACGUCUUCUCCCCUCCAGCAGGGGAUGUCAUGUCUGCCCCACCCUUCCUUGCCUCCCAGGAUAAGCAUCUGCCUGGAGGCCCCUUGUUACGGGAGGGUGUUAGCGCUAGUGCUGAGAGCGUGCUAACUGAUCUUAGCGAGCAGCCAGAGGUGGGAUCCUUGCACAGUGCUGGAAGUGGUGGCCGUGGAGGCUCGCGUAGCACUACUGUCCCCUCCAGCCCUGCUACCACCACUUCUAAUGUUGCUACAGCCUCCACUACCCGUGCUAGCUCAGUUGCUAGCAUCUGCUCUUCAGGGACAUCUGGAGCUAAUGAGGACUCUCUUUCUGAGGGGCUUCCCUCUCCACUGGAACAUGGAAGCUUUCCAUUUGAGGCCAAAACCAUCUCAGGAAGUAGUGGAGGCAGUAAAAGCACGCGUUCAAGAGCCAAGAGCUUCCUAAAGCGUAUGGAGAGCCUGCGACUGCGAAGUAGCAGUACAGCUUCAAAACGCAAGAAGAAGGGUACAGCUGGCCAGGGAAGACUGGAGAUCAGUGGGCCGGUGUUGAAGGAAGGCUUCGAUGAGGACAAGCUGCGUCAGUUAAACUGCGUUGAUAUUGCUACUCUAGACUGCAAUGGGAACCGCAACCGCAGCAUCUCUUACUCCACCCAGACAAGCAGUGGAAGCACAGGAAGCAGCCAAUCAGAAACCAGCAGCGGCAGUGCCGUGAGUACUCCCAGUCCGGUUACAAGGGCACGGAGCCACAGCACAGCAGCUGGCUCGACCAAGCGGGCUGGGAUGUACCUGGAAGGUUUUGACCCCUUCAGCCUGGUUUUGGUGCAGGAAAAUAAGAACCUGGACAACCAGAAUCGAGGAAGAAGAAUAGAACCUAACACGACUGCUGAGAAGAACCAACGAAACCACAAAAGGUUGGAAGAGAGGCACACAGAAGACGAGAGAAUGGAGGACAAAAGUGGGGUGAUUUACUUCUUCUUGCCUGAAGGUCACAAGCCCGGCACCUUCCCCAAAGCACUUGCCGACGGCAGACCCUGCCAUCGGGUUGACAAUGCAAACCGCCGGGCACCCCGUCGAGGCUCCUCCACCUCAUUAGACAGUCGGUUGAGUUUGUACGACAACGUGCCCUUCCCUGAAAUGGCAGAUGAGGAGGAGGAGGAUGAACCAGAAGGAGAAGAAGAGCCAAAGAUGGAAGAGGUGCUUGAACAAGUUAGUGACUUGCAGCGAUUGGUCAGCGCUUGGUCAGAAUCAGGGCCAGGGGAUGAAGAAGAGGAGGAAGAAGAGGAAGGGGACUCUGAUUCAGCUCUGGAUUCUGCUUCCCCUUGUCCGUCAUCCCCGUUGCAAAACCGUUUGGAGGAGGCAGAGAACGGAAGUGACCAGGAGAGUCCGCUAGGUGAACAGGAUGACUCACUCAGCGCCAGAGAGAGACGAGAUUCUGGUGUGGGUGCAUCACUCACUCGUACCAACAGGCCUCAGAAGCUGCGCUGGCCCAGUUUCCAGAGUUCCCAUAGGCCGAGUGUGACAUCGUCUCUGCUACAGGUGGGCUGCCAGUCUGUCCUGCAAAUGAACCUGCUGCAGAAAUUCAGCCUGCUGACGCUCACGGCACUGCUGGAGAAACAUACACCCACCAACAAACACGGCUUCAGCUGGGCCGUGCCGAAGUUUAUGAAGCGGACGAAGGUGCGGGACUUCAAGGACCGGAGUGUAUUUGGCGUCCCACUGCAGGUGAACGUUCAGAGGAGUGGUCAGCCCCUCCCACAGGGCAUCCAGCAGGCCAUGCGCUACCUCCGCAACCACUGCCUGGACCAGGUGGGACUUUUCAGGAAAUCGGGAGUUAAAUCACGGAUCCAGGCACUGCGGCAGAUGAACGAGUCAUGCGGGACAGAUGGGUGUGGGGUCAGUUACGAAGGCCAGUCGGCCUAUGACGUAGCAGACAUGCUAAAGCAGUACUUCAGAGACCUGCCGGAGCCUCUGUUCACCAGCAAGCUCACUGAUACAUUCCUGCAGAUUUAUCAAUACAUGCCUGAAGAUCAGCGUCUGCAGGCAGUUCGUGCUGCGGUGUUGUUAUUACCUGACGAAAACCGUGAGACGCUGCAGACUCUGCUGUGCUUCCUCAGUGACGUCACGGCGAACGUGAGAGAGAACCAGAUGACCUGUAGGAACCUGGCGGUGUGCCUUGCUCCCUCACUCUUUCACCUCAACACGGUCAAGAGAGACGAUUCCUCCCCCAGAGUAAUGAGCAGGAAGAAUGCGCUGGGUAAGCCUGACCAAAGAGACCUGAACGAAAACUUAGCAGCAACAGGCGGCCUGGAACACAUGAUUCAGGAGUGCAGGACGCUGUUCCAGGUACCGGAGGAGAUGUCCUGUUGCAGGAACUCAUACGUGGACCAGGCUCUGAGUCCAGUGCGGAUGGACGAGCUGCUGGACGGCUACAGAAGCUUCAUUAAGGAGAGCAUGGAGGCGCUGCUGAAAGAAGCCAAGGACAGGUUCCGAGGAUACGACAGCUGCGGCACUCCUGAACACGCUGAACUGGCCUGCAGAAAGGUAAACGAUGGCCGGACUCUGCGGCAGUGGAAGGUGUGCGUGGAGGUGGCGGCGCCGCCGGAGGACGUCUUGCAGCGGAUCCUCCGCGAGCAGGGCCGCUGGGAUGAGGACCUGUUAGAGAGCAGGGUGGUGGAGACCCUCGACAGUUCCUCUGAGGUUUACCAAUAUGUCCGAAAUAACAUGGCUCCACACCCACCCACAGACUACGUGGUGCUCAGGUCGUGGGUGACGGACCUUUCUAAAGGUGCGUGUGCACUGGUGGGUGUGUCAGUGGAUCACGAGGCUGCAGCGGUGCUGGGUGUGCGUGCCAACCUGCUAACAUCACGCUACUACAUUGAACCCUGUGGGACCAAUAAGAGCCGCCUCACAUACAUCUCCAGAGCGGACUGCAGGGGGCGCUGCCCAGAGUGGUACAACAAGCUGUAUGGCCAUCUGUGCGUCUCUGAACUGGUGCGAAUACGAGACUCUUUCACAUGCCCACUGGACAAAUGAACACACGCACACUUGGAACGUCAUGUUUUUCCUUUUGGAGGACUCUAAUGUGGGGAGGGAGAGGAAGAUGAUGAAGAUAAAGCAGACAGUGACUGCACGCUGAUUCAGCAAAAGCUAGAAAAGGACACGCCUGCUAAUAUGACAUCAUAAUCAAUGUUGUCAUGGACCAGUGACCUUACUUACAAUGGUGUCACAGAGAGGGACUUGAACUUGGGGGUGCUACUGCUUCUGAGAAGCAAGAAGAUAUGAGUGUGUGUUUGUGUGUGUGUUUGUGUGUGUGUGUGUGUGUGUGAGAGAGAGGGAAUAAGAAAAAGAGAGAGAGAGAGAUACGGUGGGGUCCAGAAGUCUAAAAUCACUAGUCAAAAUACUCCUAUUUUGCAAUCUUCUCAAAGUUAAUAAGGUUUUCAUUUCAAAUUAUAUUACCAUCAAAAUAUAUAUCAUUAGAAUAUCAAUAGAAUACUAUCAGGAAUUUCGGAAUUUCUUGGUAUUUUCUUUGUACUGCUUUUGUUUUAAUGUUAGCUUGUACUCUAGCUGGCAUUCCCGCUGCAUGGCAUUACUUCUGUGCCAAAGACUGCGCUUGAGAGUCUGCGCUUGAAAGGCCUUAACAUUAUCAAAUUCACGAAGUUGCUUAAAUUUGUAUAAUGAUCUAAUAUAUAAUCUGAUUUUGGCACAAAUAGUGCCAAACCUUGAAUACCCUUUCUUAAUUAACAAAGUCCCCGGCUCGUGGCCUAGUCAAAUUCCACUUCUGCGGUGAAAAGUGUCCCGACUUGGGGCCUAGUCAAAUUCUAGUACCCCGAUGAAAGGUGUCCUGGCUCACAGCGUAGUCUAUCUCAUUUAAAUGCAUCUUGGCUCGUGGCCUGGUUAAUUUACACUAUUGCAGUGAAAAGUGUCCCAACUCACAGCCUAGUCAAAUUCUAGUGUCCUGGCUCAAGGCCCAGUCAGACUCGCUUACCGCAAUAAAAUAUGUCCCGGUUUGUGGCCCAGUCAAACUCCUCUAUGACGGCGAACAGUGUCCUGGUUCAUAGCCGACAGAAAGCAACUGGGCUUGUGGCCAGGUUAAACUCCGCUACAGAGGGCGAAAACUGUUCUGGCUAAUGGCCCAGUCAAAUUUCGCUACCGCAGUAAAAAGUGUUCUGGCUAGUGGGCUAGUUUCCCCGGCAAGUUGGAAAAAUUUAAAAUGAAAGAAAAAUUACAGACAGUCAACGAUACAAAAACAAGCAAACUCAGGGAGAAAAAAAAAAAACUUUUAAUUCAAAUUGUUAUCCUGGUAAUAAAAUUUGUAAUGAAAAACUUUGUAUUAAAUUAUAAAAGAAUGCAAAGGAUAGCAUUUUUACUGGUCUCAGACUUUUUGGACCCCACUGUAUAUAUAUAUAUAUACACAAGUUGUCUGGAUAUUGUGGACAAAUGUGAUGUAUUCCAUGCACUGGCACCCUACUGCAAAAUAGUAUGUACGCUUAUACCAAUGUGUUUGUGUGAGAGAGAAAGAGUGAGACUGUUGAGUUUGAAUGUGUGUAUUGUCAUUAGCCAGUCAUGUCUGUGUCUGCAUGGUUAUUUACAGCUCUUUCACCAUAUCUGCUCACGAACGGAUGGAAGGAUGGAUGAAUAGGUGUAUGGAGGUUUCUAGAUAAAUGCACAGAAGAAAGAAACAGGUGUAAGAAAUGGAAGGCGGUGGCUGGAACACCUUGAGUGAGGAAUACGAGCGGGAAAAGAAGGAAGAUUAGUGUUUGUAGGCCACGAGCAAAAAGUAGGCUACAGCAGUUGCCUAGAACGGAGACCAACGUAGUUAUGGACCAAAACGUGCCCAAAAGGACACAAACGCAGAGCUUUCAGAUGGUUCUGACCACAUCUCUUUAACAAUAAACUACGUGGAGGGGAGGAGUAAAUGACCGAGGAACUAAGAGGGAACAGGUUAAAGUCUGAGAGAAAACAGAAAGGGCCCUUUUUUGCUGUCCUAAUGUAACCGACGGGAGAGGAUGUUCGAGUUCAAAGGAAUAUUUAGCUGAAAAUUUAACAAAGUUUUCACUCUUACCCCAAAAGUAGUCGAUCAGCUGAAGUAUGUUAGGUGUUAUAACUUUGCAUAACGCUAAUGUAGCUAACAAGUAAAUCAUAAAGCUAAAAAUAGUAGCAGCAGUCAUCUUGACAUCUGAGUUUUGAUCGAGAUUGAGAUUUUCUGGUUUAAUGAUGAGAAAACCCACCUUCAGAUCAUGUAUCUUGAAGGUGGGAUGGACCUUUGGGAAAGCUAACUGGGCUAAUUCAGAAGAAUAGCUAAUAGUGCUGUUAAGGAGCCAAAUGUCAAGUCUGCAUUAUUUGCCUCUACAUCAGUGCACUCCUUUAUUGCCAUUGGGGGGAUGCCGAGUCAUCGUGUAACCUUCUAGUACAGUGCAUGCUGGGCAUUGUAUUGAAAGAAAAUUGGUGGACGAUAAAAGGACAAGCCUGUCAAACUCAGGAGGCUAAGAAAUCCAGUGUUGCACUGAGUAACACAACAAAUAACUGCUAAUUGAUAGUGUAUUUGCUUCCAUCACUUGUUAGCUACCUUAGCAUUAUAUCUGCAGUGCAAAACCAAAGACUUCAGACACAAAUUCUGGGGUAAGAGAAGAUUUUUUGCUCAUGUAUUCCUUCAUGGGAUGGAAACUGAUUUGUUUUUCCCUGUUUGACAGUGUUAACCAGAAAUGAAGUAAAACUCUAAAAUGAUAACUUUUAAAAAAAAACGCUUUCCUUCAUGCUCAUACACUGACCUCAGAGUAAGAGCGCUGACGUCGUUCAAAGCUGGUCCCGAAUCAGCGCUCCUGCUUUCGAACGCUUUCCAAACGCAGCAUACUUCGCAGUAAAAAACGUCCAGCUAACAUAGUCCUGUGCCGUAAAUGCGUGUGUGUACAUUAAGAUAACGCAUGACAAUGAAAGUUAAUUUAAAGCUUUGUGUAUUUAAAGCACAGAUAUAUUGUUCCUUUUUUAUCUAUCUUAUUUUAUUGUAAAUGUUACCCCUUUUAAGUUACAGAAAUGAGAAGAAUGUUUUAUCUUUUUUAUUAUUAAUAUUAUUUCUGUACAGAUUAAUCACAAAGUGCACUAUUAAAUGUAUUAAAAAUAAAUAAAUACAUGAAUGAA